AUGAAGCGUCUUGUAACGGCAGACUGGGACUCCCCUGCUUCCAAACGUCCAAUGGCGUAUUUCGAUCAAAUAGAACAACGACUUAAUCUCUUGAGACUACACCCCGACCCACAUCCAACAGCACCUCCUCAGCACUACACCCCGACCCACAUCCAACAGCACCUCCCCAGCACUACACCCCGACCCACAUCCAACAGCACCUCCCAGCACUACACCCCGUCCCACAUCCAACAGCACCUCCCCAGCACUACACCCCGACCCACAUCCAACAGCACCUCCCAGCACUACACCCCGACCCACAUCCAACAGCACCUCCCCAGCACUACACCCCGACCCACAUCCAACAGCACCUCCCAAGCACUACACCCCGUCCCACAUCCAACAGCACCUUCCCAGCACUACACCCCGACCCACAUCCAACAGCACCCUUCCCAGCACUACACCCCGACCCACAUCCAACAGCACCUUCCCAGCACUACACCCUGUCCCACAUCCAACAGCACCUCCCAGCACUACACCCCUGACCCACAUCCAACAGCACCUUCCCAGCACUACACCCCGACCCACAUCCAACAGCACCUCCCCAGCACUACACCCCGACCCACAUCUAACAGCACCUUCCCAGCACUACACCCCGUCCCACAUCUAACAACACCUCCCAGCACUACACCCUGUCCCACAUCCAACAACACCUCCCAGCACUACACCCUGUCCCACAUCCAACAGCACCUCCCCAGCACUACACCCCGACCCACAUCCAACAGCACCUUCCCAGCACUACACCCUGACCCACAUCCAACAGCACCUCCCCAGCACUACACCCCCGACCCACAUCCAACAGCACCUCCCCAGCACUACACCCUGACCCACAUCUAA